GAGACUUUAUAUUUUGGGUUGGUGAAUUCGUAGAUUUAUGAUGCAUGUUAUGCAAGAUUUUGGUUCCGAUUAUGAAACCAAGAUACAUUGCCUGCUAGUCAUUGAAUUUGAACUCGUCGCCGUGAAAUUGAUGAAUUCAUACAUGUGAAGCAUCGAAAAUCCCCUCACAAUCUAGAGAAUUUCAGAGAGGUGAAGAAAUUCUCAGUUCUCAUGAGAAAUCCGCGCCGCGGGAAACCCUAAUUAGUCUCGUCGCUCUCGAAUGCUUCCAUGGAGAAGAGCAUUUACACAAUCCUCACCGUUGGUCGCUGGGAGUCACUGAAUCACAUGAACUAUAAGUCCGCUUCACUCAGACCGAUUCAUGGAGUUCUAGCGUGGAAAUUCCUCAAGUGGAUUAUCAAACAGCCUGGUUUGGAACCCAAUCACCGCACGCAUAUACUCGGUAUUACUACUCAUAUACUCGUUAAAGCUAGAUUAUACGAUCAUGCUAAAUCAAUUCUGAAACAUCUAUCACUGAGAAAUUCUGGGUCGAAUUUUCUUUUUGGUGUUCUUAUGGAUACAUACCCUGUUUGCAGCUCAAAUCCAGCAGUUUUUGACCUUUUAAUUAGAGUUUAUUUGCGACAAGGAAUGAUUGAGCAUGCUGUUAAUACUUUUUCUUCCAUGAUCAUUCGUGGGUUUAAGCCAUCUGUUUAUACUUGUAACAUGAUCAUGGCUUCCAUGGUGAAGCACUGUAGAGCUCACUUGGUUUGGUCUUUUUUUAAGGAAAUGCUUACCAGUAGAGUUCGUCCAAAUGUUUCGAGUUUUAAUAUAUUGAUGAAUGUUCUAUGUGUGCAAGGGAAGCUUAAGAAAGCUGUUCAUACUUUAACAAUGAUGGAGAGGAAUGGUUAUGUUCCGACGAUAGUUAGUUAUAAUACCUUGCUUAGUUGGUGUUGUAAGAAAGGAAGAUUUAAAUCUGCACUUAAGCUUAUUCAUCAUAUGGAAGGGAAGGGAAUUCGGGCGGACGUGUGUACUUACAAUAUGCUUGUCGAUAGUUUGUGUAGAAACGGUAGAAGUGCACAAGGGUAUUUAGUUUUGAAGAAAAUGAGGAAGAAGAUGAUAACUCCUAAUGAAGUUUCUUACAAUACUUUAAUUAGUGGCUUUGUGAAAGAGGGAAAGAUUGGGGUUGCUACUCGGGUUUUCGGUGAGAUGACAGAGCUUAAUCUUUCGCCAAAUCUUAUAACUUACAAUAUUCUACUUAAUGGACACUGCAUUGAUGGUAAUUUUGAAGAAGCUUUGAGAGUUUUGGACGUGAUGGAAGUGAAUGACGUGAGGCCUAAUGAGGUUACGAUUGGAACGUUUUUAAAUGGACUGUACAAGGGUGCGAAAUUUGACAUGGCCAGGAAUAUUUUGGAGAGAUUUAGAAUUGAUCGAACAUCUCUUAAUUUUAUCGCAUAUACUGUGAUGAUGGAUGGCUUAUGCAGAAAUGGGUUGCUUGAUGAAGCCUUUGAAUUACUAAGUGAGAUGUGUAAGGUUGGUGUUGAUCCCGAUAUCAUAACGUUUUCAGUGCUUAUAAAUGGAUUCUGCAAAGCUAGGAAUAUUAAGAAGGCGAAGGAGAUUAUGUCUAAAAUGUAUAGAGCAGGACUCGUUCCGAACACUGUUAUUUUCUCUACAUUAGUAUAUAACUCUUGUAAGGCUGGAAACGUUUACGAAGCGAUGAAGUUCUAUGCUGCUAUGAAUCUGAGUGGGCAGAAUGUUGACAUAUUCACAUGUAAUUUAUUGGUCACUUCUCUUUGUGAAAAUGGAAAACUAGUAGAAGCAGAGGAAUUUGUGCAUCACAUUAGUAGGAUUGGUCUUGCACCUAAUUCUAUUACAUUUGAUUGUAUCAUAAAUGGAUAUGCAAAUGUGGGAGACGGGUUAAGGGCGUUUUCAGUGUUUGAUAAAAUGAUUAGUUGUGGUCAUCACCCUAGUCCGUUCACCUACGGCAGUCUUUUGAAAGCGUUAUGUAGGGGAAAGAAUUUUCGGGAAGCAAGACAACUAUUGAAGAAGCUUCAUUGUAUUCCAUUGGGUGUGGAUACUAUAUCGUAUAACACGUUAAUUGUCGAGAUAAGUAAGUCAGGAAAUUUACUGGAAGCAGUUCACCUAUUUGAUGUGAUGAUGCAGAAUAAUAUUCUCCCUGAUAGUUAUACAUACACUAAUAUUCUGGCCGGUUUGAUUAGAAACGGGAGAUUGGUUUGUGCCAUCGUGUUCUUGGCAAGACUCGUGCAAAAAGGCGUUCUAUCAUUGAAUUCAAUUGUCUACACCUGUUUGAUUGAUGGCCUCUUCAAGGCUGGCCAGUCAAAGGCAGCAGUAUUUCUUUUGCAGGAAAUGGAGGGAAAAGGCCUCUCGUUAGAUUCAAUUGCGCUUAAUUCGAUUAUAGAUGGAUAUUCAAGGAUGGGAAAAGGGUUUAGUGUCCGUUCUCUCAUUUCAACUAUGAACAACACGAACGUAACACCUAACUUGACUACAUUUAACAUAUUAUUACGUGCAUAUUCCAGAGGACAGGAUAUAAUGACGUGCUUUGUGUUAUAUAAACGUAUGAGGAGAAGUGGCUUUUUACCUGACAGAUUAACAUACCAUUCUCUUAUACUUGGACUUUGCAACCAUGGUAUGUUGGAACUUGGAAUUAAGAUGUUGAAAAUGGUAAUUGCAGAAGGUUCUACUAUUGAUGACGUGACAUUUAAUAUGCUCAUUAGAAAGUGUUGCGAAAUCAAUAAGCUGGAUAACGUCAUCGAUUUGACGAAUAACAUGGAAGUUUAUCGAGUUACUCUCGAUGCAGACACACAAAAAGCUAUUACUGAUGGACUUAUUAGAAGGAUGGUUUCCCAAAAUUCGUUCGUUUUUAUGCUUGAAAUGCUUGAAAAGGGUUUCAUCCCUACGUUUGGACAAUAUUGCACUUUGAUGAAAGGAAUGUGUCGAGUGGGCAACAUACAAGGGGCGUUUGAAUUGAAAGAUAAGAUGGUGGCACUAGGUGUUAGCUCGGAUGAUGCUGCAGAGUGUGCUAUGGUUCGAGGGCUUGCACUUUGCGGGAAGAUUGAAGAGGCAAUGUGGAUUCUUCGAAGCAUGCUUCGGAUGCAGAAACUCCCUACUACCAGCACGUUUACAACUUUGAUGCACGUCUUAUGCAAAAAAGGAAAUUUUAAGGAGGCACAAAAUUUGAAGAGCCUUAUGGAGCAUUAUCAUGUGAAGCUUGAUGUAAUUACUUACAAUGUUCUCAUUUCUGAUUAUUGUGCUAAAGGUGAUGUUAUAGCUGCACUCGAUCUUUACGAAGAGAUGAAACAGAAACGUCUCUGGCCGAAUAUGACCACCUACAGAGUUCUAGUUGCUGCUAUUAGUACCGAACAGUAUGUUUCUAGGGGUGAAGUACUUCUCAAGGACUUGAAUGAUAGAGGAUUAAUUUCUGGGUAUUCGGAUGGGAAGUCCCAAAGUUCGUGCAGGAAUUUCGUAGUUGCGUUGGAUAAACUGAACUCUUUGAGGUUCAAUCAAGGAAAUAAAGCCAAAAACAAACAAAAAUACCAUUGAAAUAGAUUGUGAGCGCAAGGAAAAAUCUAGUGCUCGAUGGGAUGGACGAGUAUAUCUACCCUUUUUUGACCUAUUGGUCCUAGUAUCAUAGGCGACCAAACAACAGAGGAUAUGGAACUCAAUAUCGAUCUGAUACAAACAAGAGGCUAUCGCAUAAUGGCUUUAAGGUGUAUUGCAUUCAUGUGCUUGCUUGGCUAACGUGAAAUUUGUACGAUCGAACGUUUAAUGGGAAUAUACAUAAGAGCAAAUGGAUCAAAGAGCCAAAUAAGGCAGCAUCAGCUGGUAUUAGCUGCUAAAGCCUCUUUCAUUGCUAUGCUUCUCAACUAUGGGUGUUGCGAACGAAGAAGCACAGAGGUAUAUAUCGUUAUCGAUGUUAUGGGAUUAUGCGGAUACGUGAGUCUUCUCUUUAAAAGAUCACGUGUUUGUGUUUUUAAGAAGAUAUCUUACGGUUACGUGAUACAAAUCAUUCAUAGUUAAACCUGUCUGAUACAAAUCGUUCCUAAAUGUCAAAUUUUAAGUAUUGGCAUAGCUGAAAUGUUCCAUUUCUCACGACUCCCCAUCGUAGACUACCACCGUGAGCUGAUCGUGCUUUGCUAAUGGUCAUCUGCCUCCAUCUACCAAGUGGAAAAGAACCAGGUCUCGUAACAUUUGCAACCAUGGUGGACACCUUCAGCCCGAUCUCAACGAUAAAGAUUAGGUACGUAGCCCUCAUUGUGAACAUUUAGAAACUAAUAAGAGAACGUUUGACUCGAUACAAAUGACAAAAGAUUCGCUUCCCCUCCCUAGCUUGUAGCCUUGAAGUUGCUCGAGCUCCUCACGAGCCAAUGCAUUGAGUAGCUCCAACUCAUCAGACAGAGUACAACAGAGGGAGCUUUUCUAUUCCGUGAGGGGCAAGCUACAAAUAAAGGAGAGUAAAACACAUGGAUAAUGCUAAAUGGAGUAACUGAGGUGAGCUGUCUUCAUAUCUCAAAUGUUUUCUUUUGAAAAAUAUCUAGUAAGGGCUUAUUUGGACCGAAAGAGACCAUUAAGCGGAGCCUUAUCGGAACAUUGAGUUGCCUAAAUUGUCAGAUGAUGCUACGAGGGGUCUUAUUUAUUAUUUCUUUUGAGGAACGGAUCUUAGCCAAUUAUCGACUUAGAGUUUCGUUAGAGCACCAGAAGGCGCGCACGUAGGUGGGUUCUCCCCAAUUUUUGGGCUGCUAAACUUGAGUGGGUCUAAGUACGAAAAAUGAGUCAUGCAAGAGACCGUUAAACGGAGCCUUGUUAGAACAUUGGGUUGCUUAACUUGUCAGAUGAUGCUAUGUGGGGUCUUAUUUGUCAUUUCUUUUGAGGAACGGAUCUUAGCUAAUUAUCGGCUUAGACUUUCGUUAGAGCACUAGAAGGCGCGCGUAGGUGGGUUCUCCCCUGUUUUCAGGCUGUUAAACUUGGGUGGGUAAAUGAGCCAUGCAAGAGACUGUUAAGCGGAGCCUCGUCAGAACAUUGGGUUGCCUAACUUGUCAGAUGAUGCUAUGUGGGGUCUUAUUUGUCAUUUCUUUUGAGGAACGGAUCUUAGCCAAUUAUUGGCUUAGACUUUCG